UCGUAGUUUUACUUGUGUUAUUAGUGAAAAUGGCCAAUAAUUCCUUAGCCAGUAAUGAACCUACCAGUGAAGAUAUACUUAAUGAAGAAUUUUUACUUAUUGAAAAAUCUUGUGAAUCUAAAGAUAGUGACGAUGAAAUAAGAAAUAUACUCAACGAAUUAAAAAGACUGUCUACUAUUAAGAAUAAAGAUACUGAAAUCGGAGAGGAUGUUGAGGACGUUGAUAUGAUUUUAAAAAGAGCGGAAGAUAUUGCACAUGAAACCAAGAAUUUGUUAAACAGUAGUCCAGUUAUAGGUAUACCCAAUGGUGUUUCGUCUAGUGCGAUGGAUAAAGUACCUAAAAUAAAAGUUACGAAGCAUCUUACCAACGAAAACAACAUUGAAACUGAUCAUAAAAUCUCUGGACAACAGAAGGUAAAUGAAAAUAUUAAAGUGAAUAGUAAGGAAAACAUUGAAAAUCGCCGUAAACCAAAAACGAGACCUUUUUCAGCUGGAUUUAUCGAUUGUAAGAAAAAGGAAGUUGGUAAAGUGAAGACAGCAAAUAAUUCCCCAAAACGUUCGUUGUGCAGACAUGAAAAUUUACUAGAAGAAUUAAAAGAUACAAAUGAACGAGUGAAAUCUUUAGAAUUAUUAAAUGUAAAACUUACAGAAGACAAUAAACUGUUCAGAAAAAAAUUAGAUCAAAUUAAUAACGAAAAACAUAUCGCAGAAUUGAAAUUAAAUGAAUGUGAAAAAUUUAUUAACAAGCUAUCCAAAGACUAUGAAAAUAAAAAUUCCGAAUUAAAAUCAAUAAGAAAUUGUGAGUCUCAUAUUAGAGCUGAACUGAAUAAGGAAAGAAAUGAAAGAAAAAGUUUAACUACACAACACGAGAAAGAUAUUAUAGUUAUAAAUGAUCUACAACGACAAGUCAAGGAAAUGGAAAUGAUUUUACGGCGAAAACAUCCUGACUCUGUGUCUGCUUUGAUCGUGGCAUCAAAAUCAUCGACAGUUGAAGAUAACAAAAAGAAAUUACUAGAAGAACGAAUUGCACGUUUGGAGCAGGAAUUAAAAGACAAAGAAAAUCACUUUCAAAGUAUACUUGUUACAUUACAAGAGAAGUUUAGUGAUAUGAAGCACAAAUAUGAGAGCCAUAUUAUUGAUGUUGAAAGACAAUUAAUGGAAGAUCGUAAGGUUAAUACAGAUCUUAAAAAUAAAGUCAAUAAAACUAAUCUAAAGGAUACUUCUAUCCAAACUGUGGCUGUAAGCCGACAUACAGUGGGCACUCAGACUUUUUCAAAACCAGAUAGAGCUUCUUCUGCAGUUAGUCGAAUAUCGCAAAACUCCACUUUAUUCUUGAACAAAUUAAAAGAAGAUAGUUAUCUCGUGGCCACAAUAAAAGGUUUGCAAGCUGAGUUGACUGUGAAGCAACGCACAAUAUCCAAAAUUAACAGAGAAACAGAAGAAUUGAAAAAGAAUUUACGUAACUUGCAGAAGGAGAAAGAAGUGUUAGCGAAUUUACAUCCACAAAAGAGAACACCCUGUAAACAAACUAAAUCCGUUGAGAAUAUUCUAGCUAAAGUCACCAAUGAAUUUGAAGCGGAACUUUCUGAGGCUAGAAAACAGAAGGAAGUUCUUGCACAAGAAAAGUCAAACUUGCUCGAUUCUCUCAAACGAAGUAACGAAGAGUUUAUAUUGUUGAAAAAGAAGCGUAUACAAGACCUUCACACUUUACAAUUGGCACACGAAAAGGAACUAAUGCAGAUGAAUAUGCAGUUAUAUCCUUUGCAAGAAGAGAUUAAGUUAUUGAACCAGACGGUUGAAAUUCUACAAGAACGCGUCAGGGCCGCGGAUGAUAAGUUACGAUGUAACGGUAAGAGAGAUAUAGACGUUAGGGCUGGUGGCGAUAAUUCUAUUUCUAAUAAUAGACGUUGAAUUUAAUAUUUAGAAUAUCAAAAUGCAUUUCUAGGAU